AUGAGCAUUUUGUGGUGCAAGCAAGAGAGUUUUCAACCAGCCAAGACGUUUCCAGAGCUGAGAACGAGGUUGAGGAACUACGAUGACUCGAGGAAGGCUCGAUGUGGAGAGAGGACUGGACAUGGUUAUAUAGCCAUGCAAGCUGUGAGGAAGAAGAAGAAAGGAGUUUCAAGUAGUGGCUGCUAUGCGUGUGGUCAGAAGGGUCAUAUGGCGAGCGACUGCAAAUCCAAAAGUGACAGCGGACAACCCAGUACUCGAGGCAGUGGGUCGAACGAAGCAAGUGGGCCAGGAACAAAGAAGCAAGGGUACUUCAAGUGUGGGCAACCUGAACAUUUUGCAAGGUAG